AUGCUCGUUUCUCAGCUCCUUCGCCUCCUGGCUACAUCCCUCGUGGCUGGUAGCCUUGCCCUCCCGCUUAUUGGUCAGGAUACAGGAGAUGGCGCAUCCAGCCUAACCCCGGCCGAUAGCGAUGUUCCAACCAUACCUGGCACCGAGGUCAAGGCUGAAGCUAGCCACUACAAGCCGUACAAGCCGUAUAAGCCAUACAAACCAUACAAGCCGUACAAACCAUACAAGCCAAAGAAGUACAAACCCUACAAACCAUACAAGCCAUACAAGUCAUACGAUGUCAAUUCAACCAAGGAACAUGUACAAGAAGUGGAUCAUUUAGAGGAGGCGGAACACGUGAUCCUAGCUCGCGAUGAGCAGGGCUAUAAACCAAAGCCGGAAGAGGCCCCCAAGCCCGAGCCAAAGCCCGAGCCAAAGCCCGAGCCAAAACCCCAGCCGAAGACCAUUCCUCCAGCUGGACCACCUCCUACCGGCCCUCCAAAGACACCUCCGUACAUCCCUGCCGCGGCACCACCUCCUGCCUAUGAAGACUUGUAUGGUUACAAGUCUCCCAAGUACGGUGGGGAGUCUCCUAAAUAUGGAGGUCACGGCGAAUCCGAAUCUCCCAAGUAUGGCGGUAACGAAAAGCAGUGCAAGAUGUUCAACUUCCCUAUGCCCUUUGGGGAUGGGGAAAGCUUGUUUCGACGGAGUGAGAUGAACGACGCCCGGGAUGGAGAGGCUGAAAAUGGGCAGGAUGAAGAGUGA